AUCUUAUGUUCUUGCUCUUGUUUUCCUGUUUUUGUUUUUAUUUCUUUUUGAAUCGAUGUUUGUUUGAUUUUUGUCAAAUCCUCCUUUACUCUGAUUCUGCAAGAAAAGAAUGGACUGUUGGAUAAAUUCCUUUACGAUGCAAGAAAAGAAGCUUCACUUCUCCACCAAAUAAAGUUUCAAUCUUUUGGUUCACAACUAGUUAUUAAUCUUUAAGUAAUUUGGGUAAUUUAGCAUCCGUUUUUAGAUCAGGAGAGAAAAAUCUAAAAACGACAGAGAGCUUCAAGUUGGAGUUAGCUUAGCCACUUUUUUUUUUUUGUGCUCAGAAGAAAGAACAGUCGCCGGCAAAAAAGUCUCAACCUUUUCCCUCUCCGCUCGUUCACUGGUCACCGGCAUUUCUCUCUUCUCCGACUUGAUUUCCUUAUCGCCUGAGUUUCACGGCGAUGGGAGACGAGAAGCCGGCGGUUGUGAUGGCCAAUCGAGAAAGAGAUCGAGAGCUUCUGAUUCCCGUCGCUGAUUCCGGCGACAAAGACGAUGGUCCUUCUUCGAAGCCUUCUUCUUCUGCUUCCUCUUCCUCUUCUUCUUCUUCUUCUUCUUCUUCUUCUUCUUCUUCGCAUCAAUCCAGCCACGAGACUUUAAGCUUGUUCAUUAGGGGUUGGGCGUCCAAGAAGUUCAUGACAGGCUGUGUUAUCCUACUUCCUAUUGCAAUUACUUUCUAUAUAACAUGGUGGUUUAUUCACUUUGUGGAUGGAUUCUUCUCUCCAAUAUAUGCACAACUUGGAAUCAACGUAUUUGGUUUUGGUUUUUUGACUUCCAUAGCAUUCAUCUUCUUGGUCGGGGUGUUCAUGUCUUCGUGGUUGGGAGCAUCGGUUCUGAACUUAGGAGAGUGGUUUAUCAAGCGAAUGCCAUUUGUUCGUCAUAUCUACAACGCCUCUAAGCAGAUCAGCACUGCCAUAUCUCCUGAUCAAAAUACACAAGCUUUCAAGGAAGUUGCAAUCAUUAGGCAUCCCCGAAUAGGCGAAUAUGCAUUUGGCUUCAUUACAUCGACAGUUGUUCUCCAGAUUCACGAAGAACAGUCACCGGCGGCGAUUAACUACGACGACUGCGGCAGUCGCAGUGGGACUGUACUUGGCGGUAGAGAUGAAGAAGAAUUGUAUUUGUCCCUUGUGAUUGAUGAAUCCACCUUACGAUCUAAAAACCUUUCUAUUUACGAAUCUAUUGUUAUAUAUCUCUACUUUAGUUGCAGCAUUGAGAUUUAUGUCUUAUUAUGUCUUCCUUUCGAAAAAACUGUGGGAACGAACGAUUGAGUUUCUGAUAAUCUCU